UUGUAUUUUUCAAAGAAAUUAUAUUUGUUUACAAUAUUCAAUUUUUCAUUCCCUGUUAAGUUAAAAAAAAUGGAGAACCAAAAGAAACGCCAAGCUGCUUACAUGAAGAGAAGCCUCUUGGAUCAGGGAUACCUUGAUGAACAAUUUAUUCAUCUUGAAGAAUUGCAAGAUGAUGCAAACCCUAACUUUGUUGAAGAAGUUGUCAAGUUGUAUUACACAGAUUCAGCUAGAUAUGUUCGAAAUAUUGAACUUGCAUUGGAAAAUGGACCCUAUGAUUUUGCUAGACUGGAUAAUAUGAUGUACCAAUUCAAGGGUAGCAGCUCAAGCAUUGGUGCCAGAAGAUUAAAAAGACAAUGUUCUCAGUUUCAGGAAUACUGUAAUGCAAAAAAUAUAGAGGGGUGCAGAAACACUUUCCAAGAAGUGAAGCAAGAGUAUGCUACUCUAAAGACUAUGCUUGAGACUUACUUUCAGAUGGAAAGAUAGCUUCACUGAUGUUGAAAGCAAGCAUCAGAUUCGAUGUGAACAAGCCCAUCAUCAUGACCUUCCUUCAAGUAGCUGAUACAUAUAUCCAAUAAAGGAUAAUUGGAUAUUGCAGCAUAUAUACAAUAUUCUUAUCUUGAAAUAAUAACAACUAUAUGGCAUUGAAAAAAUGUAUUUGCCAUUCUGUUGUAUAAAACCUGUCAAAGCUUAUUAAUGCAAAGUUCAUGUUUCCAAUAGAACAGCUCUUUUUGUCUUCUAUUUCCAGAAAAAUAAAUAAAAAUUGACACCCAAAGGCC